UAUUUCAGAAAACCCUAGCAGCAAGCUAACCCUAAUAUAAACUCCUCACCAACGAAGAUCAUCGCUUCGCAGAUUUGAAGAAGACCCGCAACAAUGUCGAAGCGAGGACGAGGUGGUACAUCUGGAAACAAGUUCAGGAUGUCAUUGGGUCUGCCAGUGGCAGGCCCAGUGAACUGUGCUGACAACACCGGAGCCAAGAACCUCUACAUCAUUUCCGUGAAAGGAAUCAAGGGUCGGCUCAAUCGUCUGCCAUCUGCUUGUGUAGGCGAUAUGGUCAUGGCCACUGUCAAGAAGGGGAAGCCCGACCUCCGGAAGAAGGUGUUGCCAGCUGUCAUCGUCAGACAGCGUAAGCCGUGGCGCCGAAAGGAUGGAGUCUAUAUGUACUUCGAAGACAAUGCCGGUGUGAUUGUUAAUCCAAAGGGUGAAAUGAAAGGAUCUGCUAUUACCGGACCGAUUGGAAAGGAGUGUGCUGAUCUGUGGCCUCGGAUCGCCAGUGCUGCCAAUGCGAUCGUUUAAACCACUUUUGAUCUACUCUUCUAUUGCCCUGUUUUGGUUUUGUAUUUUACUAAUAUGUUACUGGAACUUUGUGUGGGUUAUUUUAAAAGCAUGAAAAGUAGCAUAAACAUGUUUUUUUCCAGUCAUGUAUUUAAUUUAUUUUAGUAGCAACGAGUUAAGGUUUUGGUGGGAAAACCAUUGUUGAACAGAGAUGCAGCGACCAGAGUUUUUGUUCCAAGGCAGAAAGCGCUGUCUUGCUUUU